UGACUUACUCCAGUGCUCAGAGCAUUGAAUUACAUUGGAAGUUCCAGGAGAAAAAUAUAAAUAAAGUUGCUCCGUAGAUGCAUAAAUUUCACCCAAAUGUGCAAUAGAAAGUGAAAAUAGUGCCGUGAAGAAUCCACCGUAGCGGACCAUCAGAGAGUGCUGAAAAGCCAUCAAAGGAAGCUCGUUCCAAAGGUGAAAGACACAGAAAGGGUGGCAAGAUGGCAAUGUCAAAAGGAUUUCGUGUUCUGGAGAAAAAGCAACCACCCAGCCCCCACAGUGUUAUCCUGGAGCAUCGCAAUAAAUCCGAGACUCUCCUCUUUGAAUCUCAAGCUGUGGCAGUUCUCUCUGCCCAGGAGACUGAUGCAAUAAGGCGGCAGUAUGUGAAGAUUGCCGAUGCUUAUGGUUGUCUGGGGGUGCUGCAGCUCAAUGCUGGUGAGACAUCCGUGUUGUUUCUUGUCCUCGUGACGGGAUGCUUCAGCGUUGGCAAGAUUGGUGAUGCAGAAGUCUUUCGCAUCACUCAGACGCAAUUUGUGUCGCUGCAGCAUCAGCUGCUGAGUGAGGAUAAGAUUUCGGAGGUGCGGAAGCUCCUGAAUUCGGGAACAUUCUACUUUGCGUGGCACACAUCGCCGGUGAAUCAGCAGGUGUUUGACAUAACGAUCUGUGCCCAGAGGAAGCGUCGCACCACCGAGACGGACAAUCGUUUCUUCUGGAAUCGCAUGCUGCACAUUCAUCUCAUGCGUUACAGCGUUGACUGUGACUUCUGGCUCCUGCGUGCUGUGUGUGGCUCUGUGGAGAUUAGGACUAUUUACGCGGGAAGUCGCCAAGCACGAGCUGCCAUCAUUUCGCGGCUGAGUUGCGAAAGAGCUGGCACGCGAUUUAAUGUGCGCGGCACGAAUGAUGAGGGGCACGUGGCGAAUUUCGUUGAGACGGAGCAGGUGAUCUACCUGGAUACAGACAUAACGUCCUACGUGCAAACUCGUGGCUCUGUUCCGCUCUUCUGGGAGCAGCCGGGGGUCCAGGUGGGAUCGCACAAAGUCAAACUCUCGCGUGGCUAUGAAGCCUCCAAGGUGGCCUUUGUGCGUCACAUGAACAUGAUGCGUAGCCUCUACAAUUCCUACGCCAUUGUCAAUCUCCUCGGGACGAGUCUCAUUGGCAGCAAGGAGGGUGAAGCGAUGCUUAGCAAUGAAUUCCAGCGGCAUCAUCGAGAGUCUGAGAAUGCGGAUGUGCCCCACAUUGUCUUUGACUACCAUCAGGAAUGCCGUGGGGGCAACGUAACGGCCCUUGGGCGCCUAAAGAGUCGCCUUGAGGGUGCCUGUGCUCCCUUUGGGUUAUUCUUCGCGGCAGAUGAUGAAGUUAUGCGCGAACAACGGGGCGUAAUUCGAACAAAUUGCCUCGAUUGUCUCGAUCGCACCAAUUGCGUGCAAACCUUCUUCGGCCUCGAAGUCCUUGCUGAGCAAAUUGCCCUUCUGGGGCUGGCGGACAAGAAGCAAAUGCAGAGUCGCUUCGAGGAGGUUUUCAAGCAAAUGUGGAUCAACAAUGGCAAUGAAGUUAGCAAAAUCUACGCCGGAACGGGAGCCAUACAGGGUGGCUCAAAGCUCAUGGAUGGUGCCCGGAGUGCAGCACGGACCAUUCAGAAUAAUCUCCUGGACAAUUCCAAGCAGGAAGCCAUUGAUAUUCUCAUUGUGGGCUCAACCCUCUCGUCCGAAUUGGCCGAUAGGGCGAGAAUUUUGCUCCCCGCGAAUAUGCUGCAUGCCCCAACACCCGUCCUACGUGAAAUGUGCAUGAGGUAUGCUGAGUACGUGGCCCCCAAACCCCUACGGGUGGCUGUAGGGACCUACAACGUGAAUGGGGGUAAACAUUUCCGUUCUGUGGUGUACAAAGACGUCUCAUUGGCUGACUGGCUGUUGGAUUCGCACCUCUUGGCGCGCACGAAAUCCCUCGUUGAUGAUGCAUCGCCGGAUGAUGAGGGUGUCCCCAUUGAUAUCUUCGCCGUGGGCUUCCAGGAGAUUGUGGAUCUCAAUGCGAGCAACAUCGUGGCCGCCAGUUCGGACAAUGCCAAAGCCUGGGCCGAGGAGUUGCAGCGCGUGAUGAGCCGUGAGAACCCGUACGUGCUGCUCACGAGUCAGCAACUUGUGGGUGUUUGCUUGUUUGUCUUUGUGCGUCCAGAACAGGCGCAAUACAUUCGGGAUGUGGCUGUGGAUUGCGUCAAGACGGGCCUGGGUGGUGCAACGGGCAAUAAAGGAGCAGCAGCAAUACGUUUUGUCAUUCACGGCACGUCAAUUUGCUUUGUGUGUGCUCACUUUGCUGCUGGGCAGAGUCAGGUGACGGAACGGAAUGCAGAUUAUGCGGAAAUUACGCGGAAGAUUGCCUUCCCCAUGGGGAGAUCGCUGAAAUCGCAUGAUUAUGUGUUUUGGUGUGGAGACUUCAACUAUCGCAUUGAUAUGGAUAAGGAGGAGAUUAAGGAGUACGUGCAGCAGGGGCAGCUUGAGCCGGUGCUGGAGCACGAUCAGCUGCGGAAGCAACAGGAAGCUGGGAAUGUCUUUGGGGACUUUCUCGAGGGUGAGAUCACAUUUCCGCCGACCUACAAGUAUGAUUUGUUUAGCGAUGAUUACGAUACGAGUGAGAAGGCACGAGCACCUGCGUGGACGGAUCGUGUCCUGUGGCGAAGGCGCAAACCCCAUCCGGAUGCCGAUAAGUCCCCGGAUUGGAGCAAUGGGCAGUUGGUGCACUAUGGGCGGUCGGAGUUGAAGCAGAGUGAUCAUCGCCCCGUGAUGGCCAUCAUUGACAUCGAAGUGGCGGAAAUUGAUGCAGCGUGCCGGCAGAGGGUAUUCCAGGAGGUGAUGUCGGAUCUCGGGCCACCGGAUGCGACAAUUGUCGUCCAGACGGAGGAUGCAACGGAUGAGGAUAGAGGUGAGGGGAGUAUCUACGAUGAGAACAUCAUGACAGCUCUCAUUCAGGAAUUGGCACAAAUUGGUGAAGUGACGCUGGUGCGAUACGUUGGGGAGACAAUGUGGGUUACCUUCCGGGAUGGGCAGUCUGCUCUCACUGCCGCCAAGAAGCAGGAACUUCAGGUCUGUGGCGUAACUCUACUACUGAAGCUAAAGACAGACAACUGGUUGAAGCUGGUGGAGCAGGAGAUUGCCAUUUGCUCCCCGAAUACCGUGCCAUUUUGCGAUAGUUCCCUGAGUAGCAUGAAUGUGACGCCAGACUACAAUUGCCUGGGCAUCCCGGAGGUUCCAAUGCGUCCUCCGGGUGUUCCGGCAAAGCCUCCACCUCCAUCCCGACCACCACUUCCAAAAUCCCCCCAAGCUUCACCCAAACACAUGCCAUCGCGGGCUGGUGUCAUCAGUGUAACGCCGGAUCUUCUCGGUGGGAAGGCAAAGCCAGUAGUGCCACCACCUCCAGCAGCUGGGAUGCCUGCAAGACCUCCAGCCCCACCAGCUGUCCCUGCGGAGUCUCCACAACGUCAGCCAACUCCACCAGCAGACACAGGAGCCAUUUACGAAGAGAUAAACGAUGAUAUUGACAUCCCAAAGCCACGGGAACCUGCUCCGGUGUUGCCGCCACAGCAACCGAAUGAUGUUUAUGAUCUCGAUGCAACCCCAACGCGAAGUCCUGCCAAGAGUGCACCACCAACUGCAGCUCCACCACCAUUGCCAAUGCGCCGCAAUGCACCACCCCCAAUUCCAGGUAGGUCCGGUAUUCCACCACCCCUCCCAGCACGACCCAAUAACCAAAAUCAGUAAACCAGCAACAUGUGUGGACAAUGCAGCCCCCAAAAAAAGAAAGUUACUCAUUAGCAAAUAAUUUAAAAAAGAAGAAAA